UAAUGAAUCAUGAGCACGAAAGUGAACAAAUAGUACUUCCAAAAAAGAAGCGUACCAGAGGACCUACUAUGUGUAAGGAUGUUCAUGAAUGGACAUUAGAAGAGCGUAAGCUUAUAGUUCUUAAUGAAAUGGGAAAGCCUAUUGGUCCUAACGAUAAGACCGUAGAUACAUUUACAAGACUCUUAGGGACAUUUGCUCGUAAUGCUUCUCUAGCACCGUUGAACAAGAUUAAUUGGCAUCAUGUUAAAGACAAGGAAGAAAUCUGGAAUUAUAUGAAGGUAUGUACCUUUUAUUAUGUAUUCAAAUUCUAGUAUUUUGUGUCUUUUAUACAGAGUAUGAGUUACAUAGCUACUGUAAUUUUCAAAGUGCUCAAUGUUUUUUUAUUGUGAGAAGAUACAACAUAACUUGACUUUAUCUAGCAGCCACAUAUUUAACCUACUUGCAAAAGACCUGACCUUCACAAUAGCAAACAAGUAGGCCUCUGCCAAGUAGCCAUCUUAAGAUCCCCCUUGUAAUUUUUUAUCACACA